AUGCUGAAGCCAAGUGGACUUAAAAUCCCCGGCCGGGCCGGGAAGCACUCCAGCCCGGUGGGACGGGCGUCAGGGACCACUGCAGCUGCUGUCACUACUGGUUCAAAAGAAGGCUCACCUUUACACAAGCAGGGUACCACCUCCACCGCCAGCGCCGAGAAGUCGGGUUCAAAGGUUGCCGAGGUGGGCGAUGAUUUCCUGGGAGACUUUGUGGUGGGCGAACGUGUCUGGGUAAAUGGAGUGAAGCCAGGUGUGAUCCAGUAUCUUGGGGAGACGCAAUUUGCUCCAGGCCAGUGGGCAGGGGUCGUUCUGGAUGACCCGGUGGGUAAGAAUGACGGCUCCGUCGGUGGAGUACGUUACUUUGAAUGCCAGCCGCUGCAAGGGAUUUUUACGCGACCGUCCAAGCUGACGCGGCAGCCGGUGGCCGAGGGCUCGGGGAGCGACGCCCCCUCCGUGGACUCCCUGACGGCUCAGAACUUGUCACUGCACUCGGGGACGGCCACGCCACCUCUCUCCACUCGCGUCAUCCCCCUGCGGGAGAGCGUCCUCAACAGCGCCAUGAAGACGGGGAACGAGUCUGGAUCUAACCUCUCGGACAGUGGGUCUGUGAAAAAAGGGGAGAAGGACUUACGGCUUGGAGAUCGUGUGCUGGUUGGUGGGACAAAGACGGGAGUUGUGCGCUACGUGGGAGAGACGGAUUUUGCCAAAGGAGAGUGGUGUGGUGUGGAGCUGGAUGAACCCCUGGGGAAGAACGACGGGGCAGUGGCUGGUACAAGGUAUUUUCAGUGCCCUCCCAAGUUUGGCCUCUUUGCUCCCAUCCACAAGGUGAUCCGGAUCGGAUUCCCGUCAACCAGCCCUGCCAAGGCAAAGAAGAGCAAACGGAUGGCCAUGGGAGUGUCUGCCUUAACCCACAGCCCCAGCAGCUCCUCCAUCAGCUCCGUCAGCUCGGUUGCAUCGUCUGUUGGGGGCAGGCCCAGCCGCAGCGGGCUGCUGACAGAGACCUCUUCUCGAUAUGCCCGUAAAAUCUCUGGCACCACAGCUCUCCAGGAGGCACUGAAGGAGAAGCAGCAGCACAUCGAACAGCUACUAGCAGAGCGUGACCUGGAGCGGGCUGAGGUUGCCAAAGCCACCAGCCACAUCUGUGAGGUGGAGAAAGAGAUUGCCAUCAUGAAGGCCCAGCAUGAGCAGUAUGUCACGGAGGCAGAAGGAAACCUCCAGCGAGCACGAGCCCUGGUGGAUGGGAUGCAGAAGGAGAAGAUUGAGCUGUUAAACCAGCUGGAAGAGGAGAAGAGGAAAGUGGAGGACUUGCAGUUCCUUGUGGAGGAAGAAUCCAUCACGAAGGGGGAUCUGGAGACUCAGACGCAGUUGGAGCAUGCCCGAAUACGGGAGCUCGAGCAGAGCCUGCUGUUUGAGAAGGCACAGGCUGAGAAACUCCUCAGAGAAUUAGAGGACACCAGGUUAACCACGGUAGCAGAGAAGUCCAGAAUCCUGCAGCUGGAGGAGGAGCUGAGCCUGAGGCGCAGCGAGGUGGAUGAGCUUCGGCAGUGCCUCAGGAGCUCUCACCAGGCAGAGACCCCUGAGCACAACCUUGGCUUGCAGUCAGAGGCUCUUCGUCUACGAGAUCAACUGCUAUCUGCCAACAAGGAGCAUCAGAAGGAGAGCAGCCAGCUAAAGGAGAAGUACGAGAAGACAUUAAAGAAGUACCAGCAGGAGAUGGAGAAGCUGAAAUCUGUCAAUCUCAUGGACAACUGGAAGUCCAAGUUGGACACGUUAGCAUCUGACCACCAGAAGUCUCUGGAGGACCUGAAAGCCACAUUGAACACAGGCCCUGACACCCAGCACAAGGAGAUCGUGGAACUGAAGGCAGUGGUGGAGAGUAUAAAGAUGGAGCACCAGCUUGAGUUGGAGAACCUGAAAGCAAAGCAUGACAUUGAGACAGCUGUUCAUAUAAAGGAGAAAGAGAGUCUCAAACUGAAGUUGCAGGAGGCUGUGGAUGAAGUGGAAAAAAGCAACAGCAACUGGAAAAUGCAACUGGAAACCAAAAGCAAUCAGCACCUUCUUGAGCUCCAGGAUGUGAAGGACAAGUGUCGAGAUGCUGAGCUGAGGGUGCAUGAACUGGAGAAACUUCAUGGUGAAUAUAAAGAUCAGACACAAGCGAUAGCUUUCUUGAAAGAGCAGAUUUCUUUGGCUGAGAAGAAGAUGUUGGACUACGAAACGUUACAGAAAACAGAAGCCCAGAGCAAACAGGAGAUCCACAGAUUGCAGGAAAAAGUGCUUGUCUUAGAGAACAAGCUGCAGUCCAUGGAGGCCCUGCAUCCUUCUCAGCACGCAAAUAUGAUUGAAACUAAUGAUAUUUCAGAAGAAAAGAUAAAGAUGAAGCAGACUAUGGAAGACCUUCAAGACAAGCUGAGUAAAAGAGACAAAGAGGUGUCGUCGCUGGUGUCCCAGACUGAAACUCUAAGGGCCCAAGUAAGUGCUUUGGAAAAUAAAUGCAAAACGGCGGAAAAGAAGGCCGAUUCGGUGUUAAAAGAAAAGAAGAGGCUGGAAGGUGAACUGGACGCCUUGACCAAGAAAACACACGAUGCUUCGGGGCAGCUGGUCCUGAUAAGCCAGGAGCUACUCAAGAAGGAAAGGAGCCUGAACGAGCUGAGAGCGUUGUUACUGGAAGCAAAUCGGCACUCACCUGGGCCAGAGCGGGACCUGAGCCGGGAGGUGCACAAAGCAGAGUGGCGGCUGAAGGAACAGAAGCUCAAAGAUGACAUCAAGGGACUUCGAGAGAAACUGGUUGUGCUGGACAAGGAAAAGUCUGUAACAGAUCAGAGGCGAUACUCCUUGAUCGACCCCUCGUCGGAGUCAGAAGUGAUCCGGCUGCAGCACCGGCUCGUCAGCACGGAGGAUGUGCUACGCAAUGCGCUGGAGCAGGGCCACCAGAUGGAGAAGCUCAUGGAAGCGAUGAGGCUCUCCUCCGAAAAAACACAGACUGUUGGAAAUUCUGGGUCUGCUAACGGGAUUCACCAGCAGGAUAAAUCCCACAAGCAAGAGGUAAGUUAUAAGCAGAAUGGUGUUUAA